UUCCAUCUUCUUCUUAGGCUUUGGGGUAAACUUAUUAAUCUACGUGAACAAUAUGAUGCCGUAGAGUUUCUUCAUUGUUUGGUGGAUAGUUUAGAUGAAGCUUUAAAAGCUUUAGGACAUCCAGCUAUGUUAAGUCAAGUCCUAGGAGGUUCCUUUGCUGAUCAGAAGAUUUGCCAAGGCUGUCCACAUAGAUAUGAAUGUGAAGAAUCUUUUACAACUCUGAAUGUAGACAUUAGAAAUCACCAAAACCUGCUUGAUUCUUUGGAACAGUAUAUCAAAGGAGAUUUAUUAGAAGGUGCAAAUGCAUAUCGAUGUGAAAAAUGUGAUAAAAAAGUUGAUACAGUAAAGCGCUUGCUAAUUAAAAAAUUACCUCCUGUUCUUGCUAUCCAAUUGAAACGAUUUGGCUAUGACUGGGAAAGAGACUGUCCAGUUAAAUUCAAUGAUUAUUUUGAAUUUCCACGAGAACUGGAUAUGGAACCUUACACAGUACCAGGUGUUGCAAAGCUGGAAAGAGAUAAUGUAAACCCAGACAGUCAAUUGAUAAAACAGGACGUGCAGUCUGAAAGUGAGACAGCAGUAAGCGCAAAAUACAGACUAGUGGGUGUGCUUGUGCACAGUGGUCAAGCAAGUGUUGGACAUUAUUAUUCUUACAUCAUUCAAAGGAAUGAUAAAGAUGAGAGAAAUCGCUGGUAUAAAUUUGAUGAUGGAGAUGUAACAGAGUGUAAAAUGGAUGAUGAUGAAGAAAUGAAAAAUGAGUGCUUUGGUGGAGAAUAUGUGAGACAAGUAUUUGAUCGUAUGACGAAGUGCGUGUCAUACCUGCAGCAGCAAAGGUGGUGGAAUGCUUAUAUACUUUUUUAUGAACGAAUGGACACAAUAGACCAAGAUGAUGAAAUGAUAAGAUAUAUAUCAGAGCUCACAAGAUCCCAUCAGAUUAUGUCACCAGCCAUUGGGAGAAGUGUAUGGAAAGAAAAUGUGCAAUUCAUGCAUAACCAAAUGCAGUACAGUGUAGAGUAUUUUCAGUUUAUGAAAAAACUACUUACAUGUAAUGGUAUUUACUUACGCCCUGCUCCAGGACAAGAUCACUUGUAGCCUGAAGCAGAAGAAAUAAGUAUGACUAGUAUUCAACUUGCAGCUAAAUUCCUCUUCACCACUGGAUUUCACACAAAGAAAAUAGUCCGUGGCCCUGCCAGUGAUUGGUAUGAUGCACUGUGCAUUCUACUCCAUCACUGCAAGAAUGUACGUUUUUGGUUUGCUCAAAAUGUUCUUUUUAAUGUUCCAAAUCGCUUCUCUGAGUAUCUUCUGGAGUGCCCUAGUACCGAAGUGAGGGAUGCGUUUGCAAAACUUAUAGUAUUUAUUGCACAUUUUUCAUUGCAAGAUGGGCCUUGCCCUUCAUCUUUUACGUCUCUGGGGCCUUCCAGUCAGGCCUGUGAAAACUUAAGCUUGAGUGACCACUUACUAAGGGCAGUCUUAAAUCUCCUGAGAAGGGAAGUUUCAGAGCAUGGCCAUCAUUUACAGCAGUAUUUCAGUCUGUUUGUAAUGUAUGCCAGUUUAGGUAUGACAGAAAAGACACAGCUCUUGAAAUUGGAUGUACCUGCUACCUUUAUGCUUGUGUCUUUAGAUGAAGGGCCAGGUCCUCCAAUCAAGUAUCAAUAUGCUGAAUUAGGCGAGUUAUACUCAGUAGUAGCUCAGCUGAUCCGCUGUUGCAAUGUCUCAUCAAGGAUGCAGUCUUCAAUCAAUGGUAAUCCUCCUCUUCCAAAUCCUUUUGGUGACCCUAAUUUAUCACAGCCUAUAAUGCCAAUUCAGCAGAAUGUGGAGGACAUUUUAUUUGUGAGAACAAGUUACGUGAAGAAAAUUAUUGAAGAUUGUAGUGACUCAGAGGAAACCAUCAGCUUGCUUCAUUUUUGCUGCUGGGAGAAUCCUCAGUUCUCAUCUACUGUCCUCAGUGAACUUCUCUGGCAGGUUGCCUCCUCAGACACCUAUGAACUUCAGCCAUAUUUGGAUAUGCUUUUGCAGAUUUUACUGAUUGAGGAUUCCUGGCAGACUCUCAGAAUUUGUAAUGCUCUUAAAGGAAUCCCAGAUGAUCGAGAUGGAUUGUUUAUAAUAAUCCAUUGCUCUAAAAAUCACUAUCAAAAAAGAGCGUAUCAGUGUAUAAAAUGUGUUGUAGCUCUGUUUAGCAGUUGUCCUGUUGCUUACCAAAUAUUAAAGGGUAAUGGAGAUCUUAUAAGAAAGUGGAUCUGUGCAGUGGAAUGGCUUGCAUGUGAACUUGAAAAAAUACCGUACACUGGCAACCCUCAAUGCAGUGAUAACAAUUGGUCUUCUCCAGUGCAAAGCAGUAAAACAUCAUCACGUUCUUAUUUAUUACGGAGGUCACAUAGUGCUAGGAUGACACUCGAAAAAGCUUGUGAAUUCUGUCCAGAGGAGCAUCCAGAAGACCAAGAUACCCCAGAUGAGCAUCAGUCCUCUGCAGCAGAAGAUGCCCCAUUAUAUACUAAUUCAUCUGGAUCUCACUAUCAGCAGAGUAAUCAUGUGCAUGGUCAGCCAUAUACAGGGCCUGCAGCACAUCCCUUGAACAGCUACCAGCAAACUGGUCAACAAGCACAAGAAAAUUAUGAAGGAGGCAAUGAAGAAGUAUCCCUGUCUCAAAUAAAGGAUCAGUGAAACACCCGUAUUUAACUGGUUCCUUUAACCACACACUCAGGCCUUACAGUCCAGACUUUUUCUGUGUCUGGCUUGUAUUUAAAACUAGAAAAAUCAUUUACUAUAGAAAGUAUAUUCACUGUUUUAUUUUCAG